AUGGAGCAUCUUUGCAGGGAAUUGGAUUGGCCAGCGACGAAGGCGAAAGAAUACCUCGAUUCUGCCAAGCGAAAGAAAAAGGAGAAAGACAACUCGAAUAACAGCUCAACAUCUGCGUCUACAUCGAGUCACAUUAAAAGACCCAUUGACCAAGUGGAUGCCAAACCCAACCGUCCUCAGGGAAUCAAGAAACCUAAAUUGGACCACUCCUCUAGUGAAAAAUCAAUUCGAGGCGACUCGGAUUCUGCAUCCCGAAUAGCUGUCCGCAAGAGCUCGACAGCCCUUCCUCGCAAAGAACAUGUGCUGCAACAGCCAGGCGUCCCAGCCCCACCUCUGCCAGUGCGACCCCCUCUCGACAAGAACCACGCGCCAUCGACUUCCUCACAACGCCCCAGUCAGGCCGCCGCAAAUGUCGCUGCUAGUCGAUCUUCCCCGCCGCACGCCCGCUCUGUGCAGCAAGCGUCAUCAAGUCGGUCUACACAGACACCGUCCGUUUUCCGGUCUGAACAUGCAGCUACUCACGCACUUGCUCAGAAACCACCUACGCCCCCUGCCCAACUUCAAAGGAUGUCGAUAGAUCCCCUGCCAACACCGCCGACCUCCGCCCCUGUACUUCCUACCUCGCCUCCAAAGGCAUCUGUGCCUCCUCCUUCCGCACCCGCAACUCUUUCUGGCCCUUCACAGUCAUCCCACGAGAGCAACGCCUCCAAGUCGAUUGGCAGCGUUAGCCAAGUGAAACCUGUUGCCAGUGAGAAGCGAUCAACCAACAACCAAGUCGGCAGAGAAAUCCGCGAUAAUAUCAAUGAAGCCAAAGCAGGGGUGGAGGAAAUCAAGACGGGAGUUGCUGGGCUUACCAACUUGCUCGCCCAGCAGCAAAGGGAGGUUCUCGGUGCCAUCUCCCAGUCUAAUCUCAAUCCCAACGCGAUCCUCGCCAAGUUGUCGGCAGUGCAAGAACAAAUCGCGAUCCUCAACUCGUCCUUGCAACCUAUCCUGCAGAGCUUCCAACAGCUCCAUCCAGUGUCCAAUGAACCACAUAUGAACACCCUCGCUCGUAAUGUGGAAUGGCUGAAGUCGGCCAUGGAAAACCAGAUGAUCGCCAAAGAAGAGGAAGACAUCCGGAUUCAGUAUGACAGAGUGGUUCAAGAGAACGAGAUGUUGAAGAGGCAAAACGAUGACCUUGUCCAGGAUAAGGAAAAUAUGGCCCGGCAGAAUGCUUUCUUCCAAGAUGUGUUGCAGAAGCGUGAAGUUCAGGCCGCCGCCGCCGCCAGUAUAAGCCAGCUUGCUUCACCGGAAAUGGCGGAUAUAACGCCCAAUCCCCUCGCUUCACCGGAUACAACACCUGCCCCCGACGCUUCGGAGCACCUGGAAUCUGCCUCUGACCAUCGCCACCCGGAAUUCGACCUUCACGAACUGAUCUCAACGGGGUCCAGUAUGGGGGCUCAAAUCCUCCACGCGAAAGCAGCGCAAGAUUUUGACGACAAACCCUGUCAAAAAGAGUCCUGCGUGAGGUCUCGUUCGUACCUCGCCGUUGCCAUGAAUUGGCAGCAACACUGGGACAGAAUGGUUAGCCCUCAUGUUAACAGGCCUUAA